AUGACAAGUUAUGCCAAUGGCAACCUACGCCCUCAAGUUAUCUUGUCAGUGAAGGAUUUUGAAUGGAUGUUGCGGCAACCUGACAGCUUUCUAUCGCAACGGGAAGUCGUGACCCACACUCUGCAGUUGAAGAGUCUCUUCCCCAGUAUCUUUCCCAAUGGUCUAUGUCCACAGGUGGCCAAGGUUAGCAGUAUAGUUGCCAGCCAGUUUCUUACUCAGAAACUAGACUGUAUCCAGCGCGAGCUUGCUGACGAGCUCCGACGGAACAUUGACCAUGAAUUUGGCAAGGAUUACAAUAAUUGGCAACCAGUCCACCUGGUUGAAGCGAUACAAAAAGUUGCAUUAGGCAUGUCUAGCCGACUCUCAUGGGGCUUGCCGCUAGGUCGCGAUGCGACCUUCAUGCGUUCUCUUUCUGGAUUUAUAAGCCUCCAAGCGGGUGCCAUGAUACCACUGCUUGGUGCCUUUUUCAGAGUCCUUUUAUACUUUGCUCAAAGGAGAGUGUGGAUUGCCACUGAACCACUUCUCAAGGAGUGGUUAGCCCAGGUUGAGCUGGAGGAACAGGAGCAAGUCUCUGAUGAAAACUCCAGAGUACCCUACAACGUUGCAACCUCGUUCAUUCGAGAAUCCCGCAGGAUUUAUGGUUCUAAUGGACUCGACAAGGAGAAGCUCUUGAUGGCUAUCAAUCUCUUUACAAUUAUCCCGUUUAUGAGCACUAUUUCUACCUCUUCCGCUGCAAUCUUGGAUAUUGCAAGUUUCCCACCAGAAAAAGAGUUGUAUCAGCAGCUUCAGCAAGAAGCUGCAAAGGUCCUUGGUUCAGAGAAAGAAUGGACAGACCCAAUCUCCUUCAAGAGGCUCCAUUACAUAGAUAGUGCCAUCCGGGAAUCAUUGCGCCUGACUCCAGUAAGUCUACAUGCAUCCAGCCGGGAAGUAAUCCCCCCAUCAGGCAUCACACUACCCGCGGGCCAACAUCUGCCGCAGGGUAUAUGGGUUGCCGCAUCCACGUUGGAUAUUCAUACGGACGAGAGAUUCUAUCCCAAAGGGCAGUCAUACGAGCCAUUCCGAUUCGUUGAAGAGCAGACUAUUGAGGAUUGUAUGAGCCCAAGCAGGGAAAGUAACAAAAAAGACACUAGUACAGCUGAGCAGAUGGUCACUAAGGUAGCAGUCACCCCGACAUAUCUGCCCUUUGGCGCAGGACGUCAUGCAUGUCCUGGUCGGCAUUUUGCUCUUCAUCUACUCAAGAUGAUUGUCGCCUAUACUGUUUUGAACUAUGAUAUCGAGCCCCUUGACAAAAGGCCUGAGAAUGUAACUUUUGGGCAUCACAUACUUGUUCCGCCGAGUGCUACAGUCCGAGUCCGUCGGAGGGAGGUCAACUGA